UCCCGCACAUCAGCAGCGGCAGCGGCGGCGGCGGCGAGUCGGGCCCCACUCCGACAACCGGACAGCACUGGUCCGAUGGCAGCCGGGACAAAACCACGAUCGCAGCCGCCGCUGUCCUGGGCGGCCAUCCCGCUGGACCUGGCCGGCCUGGUGCUCCGCCUCCUCCCCUCGUAUGCCGACCGCGCCCGCUUCGCCGCCGUGUGCCCGCAGUGGUGUGCCGCCGUGCUGCAGCGCUUCGUGCCCCCACCACUGCCGCUGCUCGCGCUCCCCGACGGCACCUUCUACAGCCUUAACUGCCUCAAGCCGUUCCGCUUCCCGGGCUGCGGCUUUGCUGGGUACAAGAGCGCAAGCGGCAGCUGGCUCGUCUUUCCGCGUGGCGACGGGUGCUUCCUGGUGGACCCCUUCUCCAUGGCUACCGUGACACUCCCUGCUCUCUCGUGCGUCCGUCUUCGUCCUCCGAAUGCAGUCGCUAAAUGGUCUGACGAGGAAGGGACAAGAUUUGCCGAUCCUUACGUCACAUGGAUGCAUAUCAAUGAACUGGACAAGCUGCACAUAACUAAACUAAUCCUGUGCUCGUCAAACCUUGUUGCGGCACUGGUUGGCAUUGGACACACCAGUCAGAUUCUAAUGUGCCAGCCAGGGGCCGUAUCGUGGUCGGUACGUGCAUACGAUGAGUGCAAGUCAUUUGAAGACUUAGCAUUCUACCAGGGCAAGCUGUACGCCCUUGCUAAUGACGAGAACCUCCUUGUGGUGAGCAUUGCCAAGGACCAAAGCACCGGCGAUCCACAGGUUUCUCGGAUUGGACAGGUCAUCAAGGGUGAUCCCUGGUAUUCAGCUCUGUAUGACGAGUACAACAUUAUGGCCUGCAAGAAGCUCUGUCUGGUUGAAUCGCGUGGCACGUUGCUGAUGGUACGGAGGCAGAUUUUGUGUCGUUUUCCUGAACUGGGAGUGGAUGGACGAAGAGUGGGUGUUAUUGUUGCUGAAGACAACGAGUUUGAGGUAUUCGAGGCUGACUUUGAGCAUUCACAGUGGGUCAAUGUGACGACCGUGGGGGAUGACCAGGUGUUGUUUCUAGGGAGGAGGUGUUCCAGGGCCGUGUCCGUGUGUCAGUACGGGUUGUCGGGCAAUCACAUCUUCUUCUUGGAUGACGAUGAGGAGAAACAUGUGGAGUACUCCUACGACGAAGAGGACACUUCUUGCGGCACCUAUGACAUGAUAUCUGGCAUGGUGUCUUCGUUGAAGCCAGUGAUUUCCUGGAAGCGCCAUGAUGAGAUGCGUCUGGCAGCAUGGCUCUUCCCUCAGGACUGAAGUGGAAGUGUUACGCUGUUGCACUGCUGCCAGCAGCCAGGUUAUCUGAUCAUUCGGUAGAGUUCAGUGGUUGUUUUUGCAAGCUGCUCUCAAGCUAUCUAUCUGACUUUGCUAUGUAUGGUGGUUCGUAUCAUCCUACGGUUGCUCCAUGGUUCCCAUGCACGGAAGCCGUGGGAUGCAAUACUGCUACUAGACUAGUAUUUAUCUGAACUUGGCUAUAUACGUUAGGUGCCGUGCAUCAGUACUUAAUUACCUGAACUUAUUACUUGCGGUGGUUACUACUAGUACCACUAUGCAAGAUGUUAACUGCGUUGAUUCUCAACCACUUUGGUGUUUUCUGUGCCUGACUGCAUGUGAAAGUUCCUAAAAUGCAUCGUUGCUUUCGGUC